CCCAACCUUGAACGUACCUUACACUUUAGGCGCUCCAUACUUCGACUACAUCUCACCUCAAGGACACUCCAACUCUCACGCUUCACCGCCCGUUGCACCGUUGCUCCAAACGCUCCUUGCGGCUUGUGACUUUCAUAAACUCAUUGCUCUCUCUCUCCCCUUUUAGACCUCCAAGCCCAGUGCGCCGCCGCCGUCCUCCUCCCCCUGUCAGUAGAAACUUGGUCUCAAGAUGCCCUCCCUCCCGUUCUCGGACCGCAUCUCCUCCGCGGCGAACAUGCAAGGCCGCAACGACAACGGCGAAGAGGAGUCCCUCCUCGGACGAGGCCAGCAAAAGGUGCGGCGUUUCUGGGAUGGCUUCAUCGACUUUGCUCUGCAGGGCAAUAUUCUUGAGAUUGCCUUUGGUUUGAUCAUCGCGGCCGCCUUCACGACCCUCGUCAACAACUUUGUGCAAAACAUCAUCAUGCCGCCCAUCUCCGUCAUCUUCCCACUUAACCGCAACAUGGAAGAAAAGUUCGCCGUCUUGAAGGGCGGCCCGAACUACACCCACGACAACAAGUACACGACCCUCGAGCGCGCCAAGGAUGAUGGUGCCGUCGUCUUAGCUUACGGCUCGUUCCUCAACCAACUCGUCUCCUUCCUCUGCGUCGGCAUCUCGCUCUACGGACUGGCCCACGUCUUCCAGUUCUUCUCCCGAGAGCCGAUUAUUAAGCAUACCGUUAAGUGCAAGUACUGCCGCAAGCGGAUCAGCAAUAAGGCGCAACGUUGCGUCAACUGCACUAGCUGGCAGGACGGGCGUGAGGAUAGGGCUCAUCAGUAAUAAGUUUCUUCUCUUGUUCUUCCCGUGUUGGUGGAAUUGGUUCGAGCACGUUUCUUUUUCUCGGACUGGUUUUAAGCAUGUCAGGGGGUGGGGGUUACGGGGCAACAUCAUGAAGUCAGGUGUCGGGGGUCCAUGAGCAUUGUUUCGGCAUAGCAGGGUUGGAGUUGAGAAGCAUUCGGUGUCGUUUCGUGUCGGAGUCGUGGUUCCUCAUAAUAAUUCAGAGCAUCAUCAUUUGACUCAGGCCCACGUGUUCUUGAAUGUAAUGACCC